AUGCCGCGCGAGGUCUCGCGCGUCGGCGCGUACGCGCUCAAGCGCUCGCUCGGCAAAGGCGCGUUCGGGUUCGUCAAGCUCGGGGUGCAGGAUAAGACGGGACGCAAGGUGGCGGUGAAGAUACUCGAUCGAGAAAACUUGCUGCGCGUGGACGAGCAAGAGCAGUUGAAGGCGGAGAUCAAGGCGUUGGCGGACCUGUUCCAUCCGUGCAUCGUCGAUCUGAUAGAGGUGCUCACGAACGAGACGUCGGUGUUUAUGGUGAUGCAGUACUGCCCCGGGGGAGAGCUGUACGACGUGAUCCGAGCGAAGGGGGCGCUGAACGAAGAACAGGCGAGACGACACUUUCAGCGGUUGAUACAAGGGGUUGAUUUUUGUCACAAGAAACGGAUAUAUCAUCGCGAUUUAAAGCCGGAGAACUUGUUCCUGGAUGAAAACGGUGAUCUGUGCAUCGGGGAUUUCGGUCUCGCCGCGUUGCGAGAGGAUGAGGAGGAUAACAACCUGCGGACAAUUUGCGGGACGCCGCACUUCGCGGCGCCCGAGGUCAUGGGCGGCUCUAGACGGUUAGUCGGAAACAAGAAUUUUAAGACGGUAAACACAAAAACGCGGACUGAGGGGUACGACGGCGCGCCCGCGGACGUGUGGUCGUGCGGAUGUAUUUUGUACUUUUUACUCACCGGGGUCUUUCCGUUCGACGGGCAGAACUUCGUGCAGCUGCAAAUGCUGGUGCAAAAGACCGAGCCGUACUUUGCGCCGCAGCGAAUCUCAAAACCUUGCGAAAAACUAAUCAGGGGGAUGUUGGUCAAGGAUCCAGCGAAGCGGUGGACGAUCGAGCAGGUGAUGAAGUCGAGUUGGUUCAAGACUGAUUACGAGCCCGUGCAAGUGCAAGAGUCGAAGAAGGAUUCUCGUCACUACGACGACGAAGACCCCGCGCUCGAGGAAUUCUGGAGCCCCGACACGGGUCUCGUCGUUAAGACUGCGGGUGAGUCAAGUAUGAGCGAAGUCGACAAAAUGCGACCGAUCAAACAACUCAACGCGUUUGAGCUCAUAAAUCUCGCCGCAUUUGAUGUCGAGAGUAUUUUCGAUGAAGAUGAGAACACGGUGAGCAACGCCACGCGUUUCAUGAGCAAGGAGAGCAUAGACAAGGUUCAGGCGGCGGUUAUCAAGCGCGCCGAACAGGAUCUCAACACGGUCGCGAAGAGAAAGACGCUUUCAAGAGUCACAUUUGAAGACGUAAACAACGGAGUCGUCGUCACGAUGCGAACCUAUCAGGUCAUUCCGGGCGUUUGUGUGUACGAUUUUAGUCGCGACGAAGGAGGGCGCGAUCGGUUUCACGCGUGGUUCCAAAAGCUCCGUGACCCGAGCGGGCCUGUCGGUGCGUUGAUCAACAUAGACGAUGCACAGCAUACUGCUCCAUGA